AUGCCUUCCGCAGUCCGCUCAGCUUCUCCCCGCCUGAAUGGCAUCACCAAGUUGACCAACUGCCGUCUCGUCCGUGGCGAUGACCUGGUUUGGGGUGACGUCUGGGUCAGCUCGGCCACAGGCAAGAUCAUUCGCAGCCAGUCGGCCUUCUACGAUGAGCUCAGCAUGCCCGACGAGGUCGUCGACCUCGGUGGCCGCAUCGUGUCGCCAGGUUUCAUCGAGUGUCAGUUGAACGGAGCUUACGGCUUCAACUUCUCUACCGUCGCCGACGACAUGACGCAGUAUGGCAAACAGCUUCGAGACCUAAACAAAAGGCUGGUCCAGACGGGCGUCACCUCCUACAUUCCCACCGUGACGAGUCAAACAAGCCGUCUCUACAAGAAGGUCCUCCCAUUCCUCGGUCGCUCGGGCUCCUACCGCCGCGCUGACGACGGCGCCGAGUCCCUCGGGGCUCACGUCGAAGGCCCUUUCCUAAACCCAACCAAAAACGGCGUGCACAACACCUCCACCCUGCGCGUUGCCUCGUCCUUCACCGAUCUCGAGGAGAUGUACGGCGCCGCGAACAUCAUCCCAUCCUCCUUCAAGAUCUCCCCUCAGCCCUCCCCCAACUCCACCCCCACCCUCUCCCCCACCGACCCAGCAGCAGCAACACCCCCUUCCUCGGAAAUCCCCAUCAAGAUGAUAACCGUCGCGCCCGAGCUCGGCGCCAUGACCAGCCUCAUCCCGGACCUCACCUCCCGGGGCAUCCUCGUCUCCAUCGGUCACUCGGAAGCGACCUACGAGCAGGCGUCCGCCGCCGUGUCCGCCGGCGCGACCAUGAUCACGCACCUCUUCAACGCGAUGCGGCCGCUGCACCACCGCGACCCGGGCAUCUUUGGCGUGCUCGGCGCCACCGACCCGCAGCCGCAGCCACAGCCACAACCACAACCGCAACCCCAACAGAACAAGAGGCCGUACUUUGGCCUGAUCGCCGACGGCAUCCACCUGCACCCGGCGACGGUCAAGAUCGCGUGGCGCGCGCACCCGGCCGGUUUGGUGCUGGUUACGGAUGCGAUGCAUAUGGUGGGGUUGCCGGACGGGCGGUAUGAGUGGACGAAUGGCGAGGGCGAGCACUUUAUUGUCAAGCGCGGCAGCGUGCUGGAGCUGGAGGGGACGGGCGUUAUUGCGGGCAGUUCAAUAACCCUGAUCGAAUGCGUCUCCAACUUUCUCAAUUACACCGGUGCCACGAUCCCCCAGGCUUUGGGAGCUGUGACGGCGACACCGGCAGCCAUGCUUGGUGUCGAGGGCGUCAAGGGAUGUCUGGAUGCCGGGGCGGAUGCCGACCUGGUUGUGCUAUCCGAGAAGGAGGAUGACAAGAGGCGGGGGCUGGUGGUUGAUGAGGUGUGGAAGUUUGGGGUCACAGGGAUGCUUUGGUAA